CGGUCAAGUUCAGCCCGGGGAAAGGGGGAUAUUCGUGUAUAUUUCAACUGUAUUGUUUUAUUUUAAUCAAACUUUUAUGUCCGAGUAAAGUCAACGCGAUGUUUCCCAAUAGAACUUGUUUAUGAACACGAGCCGUGGCACCAGGGAAAUGGAUGUCAACGUGCUGCACACGAUCGACUCGGAGCUGGAGUCAGAAAACGUGGCAGCGCUAAAGUUUCUCUGCAGCGACAUCGUCCCGCGGAAACAGCUGCAGAAGGUGCGGGACGGACGGGACCUCUUCUUGAAACUGGAGGAGCGGGGGCUGCUGGGAGACGACUGUCUCAUAGUGGCGGAGCUCCUGAUCACAAUCCAGCGCUUUGACCUGCUGCGCCACCUGAGACUCACUCGUGUCGAGGCAGAGCGAUCUCUCAGCAGCCGAAGAGGCUCUUAUACCGGGAUCUCGCCUUACCGUAAAAUACUGUACAACCUGGCGGAAGAUGUGACAGAGGACAAUCUCCGCACCAUUAAGCACCUACUACAAUUACCCCGGGGCAAACUGGAGCCCAGCGUGAGCUUCCUGGACCUGCUGGUGGAGAUGGAGAAGCAGGGGCUGCUGGGGGAGGACCACCUGGAGGAGUUGGAGCGAGUGCUUGACCAUGUGGACAAGCGGCUGGCCGCGAGACUGCAGAGCUACGCAGCGCAGAGAGCAGCAGGGGGCGGUAUUGCACACCGUUUCCCAGACCAGGAAUCCUCUGUAAACCCAUUCAUGGAAAGCAGCAGUUACAUAAGCUCUCCCUCUGAAGAAACUGGAGCACACGAACCCAUUCAUCUACACCAGCCCCAAAAUCCAUCUGUCCCAGAGUCCAGUGGCAGCUUUUCCCCAGGUGCACCUGUUCACUCUCACUUAUCCGUGGAUGCUGGGCCAGUACACUCAUUUUCAAUACCUGAGCCACAGCAUGUAUAUAGCAUGGCGCGGCGGCCUUGCGGGCACUGUGUCAUCAUCAACAACCACCACUUUGGGGAGGCCAGGAAGAACAGGAACCUGAAAGUAACACUGGCAGACCGUGAGGGGACAGACAUAGAUGCACGGGCACUGACCAGUAUCUUCUCCCGGCUGCACUUCACCGUGCACCAGCGAAAUGACGUGACCGGGGUGGGGCUGCAGGAGGUGGCAAACGAGUUCGGGGCGAUGGGGCACGGCGCGCUGGACGCCUUCGUGUGCUGCGUGCUCUCCCACGGCAAGAAGGGCGCCGUGUACGGCACGGAUGGCGAGGCGGUCCCCAUACGCGGCAUCACCCUGCCCUUCACCAGCAGCCGCUGUCCCUCGCUGGCCAAGAAGCCCAAGCUCUUCUUCAUCCAGGCGUGCCAGGCGCAGGAGGAUGAGGAGGAUGGGGGGGCGCCGCGCGUCCAGGGCGACGGAGAGGGGGGCUGGUACGACUCGGACGCCGGGCGCUGCGUGCCGGACACCAUCCCCAACGACUCCGACUUCCUGCUGGGCAUGGCCACGGUGGAGGACCACAAGUCCUUCCGCCACACCGUCGAGGGCUCCGCCUUCAUCCAGGAGCUCUGCCGCCAGCUAGAGAGUGGCUGUCGGAGGAACCAAGACAUCCUGACGAUCAUGACCAAUGUGAACCGAGAGGUGAGCGGGAGAAGCUUCGGGAGAAAAAGACAGAUGCCGGAGCCCAGGUACACGCUGACCAAGAAGCUGAUUCUGCCCCUGGACUGAGAGACACAAAGCCCCCAUCAUCGGCAUCUCAGAGACACUCAACAGUGCCUAAUCAACUCACCCAGAAGGGAAACCCAUUUACUCAUGACACGGUCAGCCAUCUCAUUUGUGUGCUUUCUGAAGGUCCAGGUGGAUUUUACCAUUCUUUGUCUGAAGUGCCACAAAGUCAACAGGAAAUAAAUUUUUAUAUUUAGUGGCACCCUUCUGGACUGUGUGAAUCAGAGCAACAGUAUUCCCUGGUACUGGCUUGCUCACUGCAUUACUGACUUUGCAACAAGUUUUUUCAUCGGU